AUGUCGCUCCCCAAGCCCGAAACCCAACUCGGCACCCACUGUUCGACAAUCUUCAACGACACCCUCUACGCCUACUCCUCCACCGCCUUCCAAUCCAUCUCCCUCACCAGCGGCGCCGAAUGGCAGACACUCCCCACAAACAUCAACACAGUCGGCUCCGAGUGCGUCCACGCACACAAAAACACCGCGCAAGAAGCACUCUACAUUGUCGGCGGCACAACCUCCAAUGCCUCCGCGAUCCCUGCAAACGGCUUCAUGGGCUUGCAGCGCUACCUCUUCAACGACAAGAAGUGGGAGACAAUAGGGCUCCCUGUGGCUGUCACGUAUAAUUUGACAAAUCAUGGCGCUACGUUCCUGGAAACAAGCCAGCAGAUCAUCGUCUUCUCGGGCACCACAUGGCCAGACACACAGACGCCCUCCGCAAACACAUACCUCAUCGCAACCGCCGCACCACACGAAAUCACAUCUAUCCCCGCCGCCGAUCCGCUGCUUGCCCCGCUGGUACUACCAUGGGGCGAUGGCGCCGCGCUUAUUGUCGGCGGUGACGAGAAUAAUAGGGGGCUGCGGACGUUCACGCCGGGGAGCGGGUGGGCGGCGCUGGAAAUGAGCUUGGCGUCGGGCCUGCCGGCGAAGGGGAAGGCGGGCGUGAGUCUGAUGAAUGGCGAUGAUGGGAGUAGGAUGCUGUAUACGUUUGACCUGACGACGGGGCCGACGGGGGUCACGCAGUUGCUGGUGAAGGAGGCGGAUGCGGCGACGAGGGUGCGGGGGAGGCAGGAGACGUCGGCCGCCGCGUCCGCGCUGACGGCGUCGAAUUGGCCGAGCUAUAAUGAUACGCUGGCGCCGACGCUGACGAUGGAUGGCGUGUCGGUGGCGUAUGAGGGGGACAUGGUGGUGAUCAGCCCGGCCGACGACUCGUACCCGCUCGCCGUCUUUGACGCCCGCACAAACUCGUGGAAGAACACGACGGAGCUCUUUGGCGUCACCAGCGACGAGAACGAGAAGUCCAUCUCGACUUUCUCGGCCAACCCGAGUACCUCCUCUACAAGCACCUCCCCGCUGCCCACCGGCACGUCCACCACCGAAUCCUCGACCACAACAAUUGCAGCGAGCUCAGACUCCACCGGGCUGUCAACAGUCCAGAUCCUAUUCAUCGUCCUCGGCGUCAUCCUCGGCAUCAUCGCCGCCCUCGGCAUCGCACUGGUCCUCAUAAAACGCCGCCGCAAGCAGAAAAACGCCAAACUCGGCGGCGCCCGCCGCAUGAGCUUCCAAGACCGCGGGACCUCUUACAUGCAAGAAGAUCCCGACACCGCCCCGCUCCCACCGCGCUUCCCCCGCCCCGCAAUCGACAGCUGGGCCUCCAAAGACAUCGAAAAACCGCCCUUCUCCCGCGACGGGCCCAUCGUGACCGCCAUCGGCGGCCAGGGCGUUAUCUCAUCAAACCACGCAUCCGCCCUCCCCUCCGGCGACCCAAACAUGCCCGCCCGCAGCUCUGGCUGGAGCAAGUACUUCUCGGGCAACGAGCUCGCCAUGCCGCAGCGCUCGUACGCGCACUCGGCACACUCGUCAACAUACACUGACCUCUCCAUCUCCUUCCCGACACUCAAGAGCGCCGCCCCCGUCCGCGAGGGCCAGAUCCACCCGAACCCGUUCCUGCGCAGCCCGGGCGUUGGCGUGGCCGCAAGCGGCCUGGCCACCCCUUCCUCGGGCGUCAUGUCGUACCACGAAGCCAGCGGAUCUAGCAGCCUCCAGAGAUCGGGGUCGAAAGGAUUGAUGCUGCAGGAUCCGGGCGUGGGCGUCAGUUCGCCAUCCGGCCAGCGCAGGAGCAGUGGCGCGUCGGUGUCGUCGAUGGGCGCGAGUGAGUAUUCGAGCGGCGUGCCGGAGAGUCUGGUCGACCAUGAGUGCAAUGGGCCCGGCGGAUGGAGCCCGGUCGGCGGGAAGGGGUGCGAAGCGCGGGGACAGGUUACCAGUAGCUUGUAUCCGGAUAGUCCCGGGCUGUAUCCGCCUGGCAGAGCGAUGGUGGCGAGUAGUGUGUAUCCGGAUAGCCCAGGGCUGUAUCCACCGGCGCCGGCGGGGAGGGGGCCGGUCGCGAGCAGUGUGUAUCCGGAUAGUCCAAGGUUGCAGGUUAGGGCUUUGGCGGUGAACAAGGCGGGGGAUCCGCAGCCAGGGCAGGAUGUGGAUAAUCUUAGCUGGUUGAAUCUGAGGCAGUAG